CUCGCCCCGGCCGGGGCUCCCCUCCAUUGUUCCCGGGAGCGGCGGCACCGCGCCGCCGCCGCCGCCCGCGGGGCUCCGCUCGGAGGGGCUGACGGCCCAGCGGAGACCCUCCCCGCGCCCGCCCGGGGCCAGCCCGGGGUCCCCAUGGAGUGGGAGUUGUGGAGCCCAGUCGCCGAGCAGUAGCUGCAGCAGUGGGAUGUUUACCUGGCGGUGCCUCAUCCUUUGGGCUGUGCUGGUCGCAGCCGCGCUCUCCGCUGCCCGGCCGGCCCCCAGCCUGCCCGACCAAGCUCUGCCCAAAGCAAAAAUCGAAGUGGAGUCCUACUCUGCCCACCCCGGUGACCUCCUCCAGCUGCGCUGCCGGCUGCGGGAUGACGUCCAGAGCAUCAACUGGGUGCGCGACGGCGUCCAGCUGGCCGAGAACAACCGGACGCGCAUCACCGGGGAGGAGGUAGAGGUCAGGGACGCGGUGCCCGAGGACUCGGGGCUCUAUGCCUGCAUGACCAACAGCCCCUCGGGGAGUGAGACCACCUACUUCUCCGUGAACGUCUCAGACGCGCUGCCCUCUGCGGAGGACGAUGAUGACGAAGAUGAUUCCUCGUCGGAGGAGAAGGAGGCAGAUAAUACCAAGCCAAACCAGGCCAUCGCUCCAUACUGGACCUAUCCCGAGAAGAUGGAGAAGAAGCUCCACGCUGUCCCUGCCGCCAAAACGGUGAAAUUCAAGUGUCCCUCGAGCGGGACACCCAACCCCACAUUGCGCUGGCUGAAGAACGGCAAAGAGUUCAAACCCGACCACCGCAUCGGGGGGUACAAGGUCCGCCAGGCGACCUGGAGCAUCAUCAUGGACUCGGUGGUGCCGUCUGAUAAGGGCAACUACACCUGCAUCGUGGAGAACAAGUACGGGAGCAUCAACCACACCUACCAGCUGGAUGUCGUGGAGCGCUCCCCGCACCGGCCCAUCCUGCAGGCAGGGCUGCCUGCCAACAAGACCGUGGCCCUCGGCAGCAACGUGGAGUUUGUCUGCAAGGUCUACAGUGACCCCCAGCCACACAUCCAGUGGCUGAAGCACAUCGAGGUGAACGGCAGCAAGAUCGGCCCUGACAACCUGCCCUACGUGCAGAUCCUGAAGACGGCUGGUGUUAACACGACAGACAAAGAAAUGGAAGUCCUUCACUUAAGGAAUGUCUCAUUUGAGGAUGCUGGGGAGUAUACAUGUUUGGCGGGUAAUUCUAUUGGGAUCUCCCAUCACUCUGCAUGGUUGACAGUUCUCGAAGCUAUUGAAGACACCCCAGCCAUGAUGACAUCCCCCUUCUACCUGGAGAUCAUCAUCUACUGCAUCGGGGCCUUCCUCAUCUCCUGCAUGGUGGUGACCAUCAUCAUCUACAAGCUGAAGAGCACCACCAAGAAGACGGACUUCAACAGCCAGCUGGCCGUGCACAAGCUGGCCAAGAGCAUCCCCCUGCGCAGACAGGUAACAGUGUCGGCCGACUCCAGCUCCUCCAUGAACUCGGGCGUGAUGCUGGUGCGGCCCUCCCGGCUCUCCUCCAGCGGCACCCCCAUGCUGGCCGGUGUCUCCGAGUACGAGCUCCCCGAGGACCCGCGCUGGGAGCUGCCCCGGGACAGGCUGAUCCUGGGCAAGCCCCUGGGAGAAGGGUGCUUCGGGCAGGUGGUGCUGGCAGAAGCCAUUGGCCUCGACAAGGACAAGCCCAACCGGGUGACCAAGGUGGCGGUGAAGAUGCUCAAGUCUGACGCCACAGAGAAGGACUUGUCCGACCUCAUCUCUGAGAUGGAGAUGAUGAAGAUGAUUGGCAAGCACAAGAACAUCAUCAACCUGCUGGGAGCCUGCACGCAGGACGGUGAGGGACCCCUCUAUGUGAUCGUGGAGUACGCCAGCAAGGGCAACCUGCGGGAGUACCUGCAAGCCCGGCGGCCCCCGGGCAUGGAGUACUGCUACAACCCCACCCGUGUCCCCGAGGAGCAGCUCUCCUUCAAGGACCUGGUCUCCUGCGCCUACCAGGUGGCCCGGGGCAUGGAGUACCUGGCCUCCAAGAAGUGCAUCCACAGGGACCUGGCGGCCAGGAACGUGCUGGUGACCGAGGACAACGUGAUGAAGAUCGCGGACUUCGGGCUGGCCCGCGACAUCCACCACAUCGAUUACUACAAGAAGACGACAAACGGUCGCCUGCCGGUGAAGUGGAUGGCCCCCGAAGCCCUCUUUGACCGAAUCUACACCCACCAGAGCGAUGUGUGGUCCUUCGGGGUGCUGCUGUGGGAGAUCUUCACGCUGGGCGGGUCUCCCUACCCCGGUGUGCCCGUCGAGGAGCUUUUCAAGCUGCUGAAGGAAGGUCACAGGAUGGACAAGCCCAGCAACUGCACCAACGAGCUGUACAUGAUGAUGAGGGAUUGCUGGCACGCUGUGCCUUCCCAGAGACCCACCUUCAAGCAGCUGGUAGAAGACCUGGACAGGAUCGUGGCCAUGACCUCCAACCAGGAGUACCUGGACCUCUCCAUGCCGCUGGAUCAGUAUUCCCCCGGCUUCCCGGACACCCGCAGCUCCACCUGCUCCUCGGGAGAGGACUCUGUUUUUUCCCACGACCCCCUCCCGGACGAGCCGUGCCUUCCCAAGUUCCCCCCCCAGCACACCAACGGUGGACUGAAGCGACACUGAGGGUGGUACUGCCGGUGGGACCGUGCCGUGCUGUGCCACUCUGUGCCAUACCCUGCCCUGCCGUGCCUGUGGACGCUGCCUGCACAGUCUGGUUGUGCUGAGCUGUUGCAGAAGGGGUUCAGAGACACCUGUAGCAUCUCAUGUAACCAAAACCACCCACCUCCUGCCAGCUUCUCCUGCCGCCUCAUGUCAGCUCUCCGCAGCCUAAAGGGUCCGUUCCGGUGUUUUUAUGGCGUUUCCUCCCUUUUUUUUUUUUAAAAAAACCUCUUUUCCAUGAAUUCCGUGCUUGAAUAUUCCCACUUGGUUGAGCUGAAAUCGCCUGCCACUGGGGGCAGUGCCUGGCUGGGGAGCCAGACAGGCAUCCCAGGAUGGCACAUGCUGGCAGGGCACGGAGAGCCCAGGGCUGGUCUGCGACUCGGAGAACUUGCUGAGCCGGGAGCAGCACCGGGUUCCUGUGGCUGUGGAAGCCAGGGAGCCUCGGUGUGCUGGGAGCCUUGGUGUGCCAGGAGCCCUGGUGUGCCAGGAGCUUCGGUGUGCCAGGAUCCUGGCUGGCUGGGGCUCCCUCCCUGCCUGGGAUGCUCCGGGGCUGGUCAGCAGGCACGUCACCCAGCACUGCUCAGAGACAGCCACAUCCACCUGUGCUGAACCCAGAGUCCCGUGUACAUAACGAAAAAUAUGUAUAAAUAUGAAUAUAUAUUUACAUGUCUUUUUAAAAGGGUUGUUACCAGAGAUAUACCAGUUUGGUAGGAAGGUACUAGUGGCUGGUAGAUAUCAGUUGCUAUAAAAAAAAAAAAAAUUCAUAUAUUUUGCUACUUUUGCUGUUUUUAUUUUUUUAAAUUAUGUUCUAAACCUAUUUCAGUUUAGGUCCCUCGAUAAGAAUUGCUGCUGCUGCUUCAGUUUUAUAUGGGGUUGUAUUAAACAAUAAUAAUAACGUGUUGAUGCCUUUUGGGAAUCCGUUGUCAUUACGUGCCUGGCCUCGCCCUGGUUCCCCCCGUGUCCCCCCUGCUCCCUCCCGGGGCUCCGGCCGGGCUGGGGCCGGGCAGUGCCCGUGGCACCAUAUUGGUGUGUGGGGACAGUGCCCUGGGGAGGGGCUGCAGCCCCUGCCUGGCCCUCAGCUGCCUGUGGGGAGGGACAGGGGGCCGCAGGUCACGCUGUGCCCCAGCGGGGGGACGUGCACCCCAUGCAGCCCCCACUCCCCUGGCAGUGCCAGCCAGUGCCUUACCAGCACCCGGGGAGUGGCCUCAUCCCAGCUCUGCCCUUCUGUGCCCCCCCAGAUCUGUCCCAGUGCCUGGAAGGACGGGGUAUUUCCCCAGCCAGGGCAGCCCCUCACCAGGGCAGGGGCCACGUUUACCCCUUCCCUCCCCAUCACCGGCGUGGGGACGCCGGAGCCAGGCCGCUGUUACUUGAAAAGUUUAUUUUGCCUUUGUAUGGAGAAAUAUUAUUUGUUGUAAACUCUUCUGUAAUGAAUCUGGAAUUCUUGUAAUUAUUAAAGACUUUAACCGCGA